GUGCCUGGCAGCGUGGGAGCUUUGCAAAACACAGGCUGACCCGACGCCAAGGAGCUGCAAUGGGUCAUUAGCGCCCUGCGUCCCAGAUGGACAUUAUUGGCCCCAAGUGAUGAGUCAGGGAUGCCGUGCAAUGGGGCUGUUGUGUCUGAUGGGGGGAUCACGUGCACGCAGACGGUGGCAGGGAACCCCGAUGGCAGCUUCCUGCUUGAAAGGGCUCAAGCAUCCUCGCCGAUUAAACCGUGCAUUAACUAAUCUCGGGAGAAGCGAAAGCCGUCGUGUGCCGGGAUGAACGGAGCCCGGGGAAACAGCGUACUCAAGCCCUGAUGCAGAGAAAAACUCUUGCUUCAAACUGCAGCCCUCAGUCCUGCAAUGAGCUUUGCAGGGGCUCAGCCAGGAGCAAAGGGCCCAGUGAUACAUGCCCAAGGGUUGGACUAUUCGUUGUAGCCGUGUUGGUCGAAGGGAUGAAACUUUUGGGGCCGAGGUGAUAUCUUUUAUAGACCUUUUAUAAAAGAUACCUCUGCCCAACAAUUUUGUCUGCCUGGGUUUUGGGGGUUUUUUUGCAUGCCCUCCAGGGUCAGUUCUCGCCACCUCUGAGGACAGAAGUCAGGGUUGGGGUGUGCUGCCCAGAGCAGGGCAAUGCCUCUGCUGCCCCCAAAUAAAUCCUCAAGUUCCCUGUAGGGAGGCCAAUUUUAUCCCAGAGCCUCCAGCAGGGAUGAGGAAGCCCUGGGUUCACGGAGGACAUUUGCUGAAAGCGACAGGGCUACGCCCGAGGCAGCACCGGCGAUCAACCCCGUUCAUGUCCGAGUGUUUCCAGGGGUAAAUUGAGACACCAGCCAGUGACCUUUAGCACGUCACAACUGUUGUGAGUGUCCAAGCCUGCCAGCUUGCCUGAGUGUGAAAUGAAUAUCGCGUUGAAUGAAGCCAGCAGCUAAAUUUGUGUCUUCGGGCCGAUAAACAUCUUGGGUAUUAGACUGUCGAGGCGGUGGGUGACAGCCUCUCUCUGCCGCUGCCCCGCGCUGAAGACGCCCCAUGUCCCAUCGCAAGUUCUCGGCGCCCCGGCACGGCCACCUGGGCUUUCUCCCGCACAAGAGAAGCCGUCGCCACCGCGGGAAGGUGAAGACCUGGCCUAAGGAUGACCCCAGCAAGCCGGUCCACCUGACCGCCUUCCUGGGCUACAAAGCGGGCAUGACGCACACCCUGCGAGAAGUGCACAGGCCAGGGCUGAAGGUGUCCAAGAGGGAGGAGGUGGAAGCGGUGACGAUCGUGGAGACCCCCCCGCUGGUCGUGGUGGGGCUGGUGGGCUACAUCCACACGCCCCGUGGGCUCAGGAACUUCAAGACCAUUUUCUCCGAGCACAUCAGCGACGAGUGCCGGCGGCGCUUCUACAAGAACUGGCACAAGAGCAAGAAGAAGGCCUUCACCAAGUACUGCAAGAAAUGGCAGAGCGAGGAUGGGAAGAAGCAGCUGGAGAAGGACUUUGCUGCCAUGAAGAAGUACUGCAAGGUCAUUCGGGUCAUCGUACACACGCAGAUGAAGCUGCUGCCGCUGCAGCAGAAAAAGGCCCACGUGAUGGAAAUCCAGCUGAACGGAGGAACGGUGGCUGACAAGGUGGACUGGGUGCGCGAGAGGCUGGAGAAGCAGGUCUCCGUGCACACGGUCUUCAGCCAGAACGAGCUGGUCGACGUCAUCGGGGUGACCAAGGGGCGCGGGAUGAAAGGGGUGACAAGCCGGUGGCACGCCAAGAAGCUCCCGAGGAAAACCCACAAAGGCUUACGCAAAGUUGCCUGCAUUGGAGCCUGGCACCCAGCCCGGGUUGGCUACUCCAUCGCCCGGGCCGGCCAGAAAGGCUACCACCAUCGCACGGAGCUCAACAAGAAGAUUUACCGCGUCGGCCGCGGGGUCCACGUAGAGGACGGCAAGGUGGUGAAGAACAAUGCCUCGACCAACUACGACGUGACCGAGAAGACCGUCACGCCGCUGGGAGGAUUCCCUCACUACGGCGAAGUGAACAAUGACUUCAUCAUGCUGAAGGGCUGCGUGGUGGGCACCAAGAAGCGGGUGCUGACUCUCAGGAAGUCCCUUCUGGUUCACACAAAACGCCGGGAGCUGGAAGCCGUUGAGCUGAAGUUCAUCGAUACCACGUCCAAGUUCGGCCACGGCUGCUUCCAGACGGCGCAGGAGAAGAGAGCGUUCAUGGGCCCCCAGAAGAAACACUUGGUAAAGGGGACGCAGGAAGCCCAGGAAGAGCUGUAAGGAACGUCAGCCCGUGUCCACCAUCGUUGUGCAAAGACCCUUCCAAUAAAGGGACUGCAAAGCCUC